UGCAGUUUUGGGGUUCUGCUCAGUACCCAUAUGUGACUUUAGCGCUGUACUUUAACCACCGCGUUCCAAAAAGAAAGUGAGCAUGGGCUCGCUUCCGGCUCCAUCGACUCUGCCGGCUCUAGUUAACUUUGUAUUGAAAAAUCAUCGCCCCUCUCUCCGUAACUGCUGCUGUCAUUCUCCUCAUUUUGGUUUUAAAACUGAAGCCAGAAUGGGUGAUGGGACGUACAGAUGCACCGAGAAUAGUUCGAAGUUGCUGUUGCUGGAGGUGGCACCUUGUACAGGAAAUGAGCACUUCCGGCUUGUACUGCUGCUGUCACACUCAAACACUGCACUCUGCUUCCCUGUGUACUGCACACUGGAAGCUCUCAUGGCAGCAUCGCCAAACCCGGGACGCACCAGACUCCAAGCCCCACAACAGGGCCCUAAUGCUGGACGACAUAGACAGUCUUCCCCCGGUCAUGUACGCAAAUUAGGUUUGACCAGGAAGCGGGACAGAAGAGACAUCAAAGAAGAUGAGAACCCAGAGGAGAAAGCCCGGAGGCACAAAGAGUUUGAGCUGAAGCCCCUGUACAAAGAGCUCCUGUACACCAUAGCUCACCAACUGGGGAAGGCGUCCAGUCCUGAGGUGUACUCCCAGGCUCAGCUGCAGCAAUAUAUCCAGGAGGCUUUCACUAUGACAGAUGCUGAGCACAGCAGCCUCCUGCAGAAGGUUCAGGACACUGAGUCUCCAGUUUACUGCCUGAUGGCUACUAUUAAAGAAGCCAAAGGAAUUCUGGGUAAAGAUGUCAGUGGUUUCAGUGACCCGUACUGUCUGCUGACCGUCAUGGUGGACGAGGAGCAGAGACGCAGUACUCAGGCCAAGUCCAAACCCUGCAAAUCUGUGGUGAAGAAUGCAAAUCUGGACGGUAUCUACCAGACUGACAUCAAGAAGCAAACCCUCAACCCCAUCUGGAACCAGACCUUCAUCAUGGAAUUUGCUGACAUGGCCGGUGCAAAUUUCCACCUAGAAAUGUGGGAUAAGGACGAAGAGGUGUCACUCAGUCAAAAAUUGGAAGAGAUUAAAACCCUUGACAGCUUAAGAAGGAUGAUCAAGGAUGCCAAAAAGGAGAAAGGAACUGAUGACUUUUUGGGAAGAAUUAGUCUGAAGCUACAGGAUCUCCAUUGUACAGAAGACUGCUGGUACAACUUGGAGCCCAGAACUGAGACAUACCCUGAUCGUGGACAGUGCCACCUCAAUCUGAAGUUCAUCCACAAAUCAAGAGACGGGACUCUGAGUGCCGGGCGCAGCGCUUACAUUAACUAUUGUGGGAUACUGCAGCAGUUUGUCCAGGCCUACAUCUCCAAGCAGCAGAGUUCUGCUCCGUGGAAAGGAGAGCUGUGCGGAGAGGCCCAGGUUCUUCUGGAGCAGUAUGCCACGCAGAAUGACCUGUCACCUUUUCUGCAAGAUUUGGCGAAGUGGGUGGCCUACAGUAAACUGUACCAGAGUUUAGAGGUGGACUCCUCUGUUCUAUUGCAGCAGCUCACCAGCAUCGAGUACCACUGGCACCAGCAGGAGCUGCCCUACCAACAGAAACAGGAGCUGGGGGACUCCCUCCAUGGCUUCCUCCAGUACGGCCUGUGUCUGGUGUCCAAGUACAGAGACAUCUUUCACCCUACACCCAGCUCCACCCCCAAACUGCACACACUGCUCAGAAUCUUGGUGCAAAUCUGUAAGACUCAGGCAUUCCAGAAGCUAAACCCGGCACAGUUUGAGCUACAAGAGGAAGUGAUUGAUGCUGUUCAGAGUGGAACAGAGGACUGGUUCUUGGUUAAAAAGGGUCUACACCAGCCAAUGACCAAGGAACUGUCCGAGAUCGUGAGCGCCCUCUCCAGGCUGAUCAAUGAGGUGCAGGAGGACAUAAAGCACAACAAAGAUGUGUACAAUCGAGUUUUUGCCAGUGCUGUACAAGUGGACGUGUUCACUGUGGUUUACCGGAAGUUUGAUUCACUGUUGGCCAAGGAGGUGAGAGAGACCAUGUCUGUGAUGGAAGGUCAGAUGGAGCAGCCUCUAGCCAAGAACCUGUUCCCAGUGUACCUGAGCCUGCAGAAGAUCCACAAAGACAAGGCCUUCCUACAGAAAAGGGGUGUUCUGGAGCUGACAAACUUCCAUGAGGAGUUCAGGGAGGCUCUGCCCUACUGGCUGCACCAGGCCUUCAGCACCACACAGGACAGAGUGGAGAGGGCCGUGCAGGUCGACCAGCUGCAGCCCCUCCAGUCUGGAGCGGUGCCCAUCAAACACAGCUCGUCUGCAGUGGACCUGGUGUCCUGUGUCCAGCCCAUCUGUCAGCUGUGGGAGCAGCUGAGCUGGCCUGACCCAGAGGAGGCCUUCAUGCUCAUGGUCAAACUCACUGAGGAUGUGUGUAAGAUUGUGGUCAACUACUGCAAGAUCCUGAAGGAACGCGUGAGAGUGCUGACAGAAAACUCUGAGUAUGGCAGUGCUAUCAACAUGCUGUGUGUGGUGGUGAACGACCUGGAGUACCUGCGCUCGGUCCUGACGCGCCUGCCCUCUCAGCUCAACUGGGUGGGGCUAAAGGAGCGCACUCAGCACGUGAUCGGAGAGAGACAGUUCCAUAACACUCUGCACUCACAGCUCCAGCAGGCACAGGACAUCCUGAACAAAGAGAUCCGCUCUGCUCUGCACACGCUGGGCAAGAGGUUGAACACAGACAUUGAGACCCAUGUCCGGAGCAUGAGCACAAGGAAAAGGUUCCCCUCCAAGUCCACAGAGGAUGUGGCUGCUCCACUGAUGCGCUACCUGGAGAAAGAACUGCAGUAUAUGAAUGAAAACCUGGUCCAAGAAAACUUUAACAGUCUUCUAACCCCACUGUGGAACAACUCUGUGACGAUCUUGUACCAAGUGGCCACUCAGACGCAGCACCAGGAGGGUCUGAUGGUGUACUGCCAGAGGCUCUCCUACACACUGCAGUGUCUGGAGCAGUGCUUUCACGCCGAGGGAAAUGGGCUCCCACUCAGCACCUUACAUUCUGUCGAGUACAAAAUGCUCAAAGCUCACCUAACACACAACUCUCUGAGCAGCUUCCAGCUCAUAGAGAAAUUCUUUGACAAGAAGCUAACAGAUCAGAAUGUUUUCCGUGGAGAGAAGUACGGAGCUGUCACGCUCCGCGUGUCCUACAACAGAUCAGAACAGAAGCUUAGAGUGGAGGUGUUGAAUGCUGUCAAUCUGUUACCCAUGGACUCCAAUGGUUUCAGCGACCCAUAUGUUCAGCUGUGCCUGGAGCCCAACCAUAUUUUCCCUGAAGUUGAACCUCGCUGUACACAGAUCAAGAGCUGUGACCUUAACCCUUUGUUUGAAGAAGUGUUUGACUUUAUGAUUUCUCUGGAGCAGUGCAGAUCUCCAGGAGCAUGUUUGGUGGUGACGGUUCUGGACCAUGACACUUUAAGGACAGAUGACUUUGAAGGAGAGGCGUUCCUGGGUCUUAAGAAUAUCCCAAACGUGCCCAGGGCAAAAGAGGACAACGAGGAUAGUGAAAAUUUUCAACCAGAUGCCGAGCCUGCGCAGAUACGACUGUCGCUGAUGCACCCUAAACCUAAUGAGGACAACAUUCUGAAGCUGCUGGAGACCAGGAAAGGAGAACGUGAGGCCCAGAUGUUUGUGAAGAAGCGCCGUUUAAGAGAGAAACAGUCCCAAGAAAAUAACCAACCCUGAUAGAAAACCAACACGUGUUCCUCCAAAAAUAUACCAUUUAUUUGACUGGUCUGUACCAAAAACAAAGGAACUCCACUCAGAGGCAAACACUGGUGAUGAUGAAGUGUGGUGGACAGUUUGAAGUUACAUCACAGUGAUCAUGAAACACUUUGACAUCUGCCGCUGUGUCCUGACUGAUGCUUCUCUAUUCAGUGCAACAGAUAAGUAUGACAGCACGGGACUAUGGAGAGUUAUAUAUAUAUAAUAUAUAUUAGCCUACUUUUGACACAAAGUGAAAUGUCAAAGAUUACUACAAAUGUCAAGAUUUGGCAGAUUAAACUGUCACAUAUUCAUUGAAAACAAGAGCCAGAAAAACAAAGUGUAUUUUAAAUGUAUAUGAAAAUUGUAAAGUAAAAAAGGUAAUUUCAAAGACUACACAA